CGACAUCAUUUUUGCUUCGCUGGGCAGCGAAGAACAGAAAAACAAAAGAGACGAAUAUAUUCCGCCGUAGAAAUCAAAUUCUCUCGCUAUCACACUAGCUUCAACUUUGCUACACAAAAAAAAAAAUCGUUUUCGCUUUUCGAAAGAGAAGAAGUUGGGAAUAUUAUCUAUGGCGGAGAAGCUCGAGCCCGCGAAGGUUUUGUACUGUGGAGUUUGCUCUCUUCCAGCGGAAUACUGCGAGUUCGGUCCCGAUUUUGGGAGAUGUAAGCCAUGGCUGAUUGAAAACGCACCGGAUCUCUAUCCCGAUCUUCUCAAAGAAGCUAAUGAGAAAGGGGCAGAUAAAGUUUCCGACCAACUCCAGUCGGUGGGAAUCUCCUCUGGUGGCGCUGAUGGGGCACAAUCUUCAGCUCAAACUGGAGGGACGUCCAAGAAGGAGGAAGUGAAGCGCCUUCCUGGGGGAAAAUUAAAAAAGAAAGAGAGACAGGAAGUCAUUAUUGAAAAGGUUGUGCGCAACAAGCGCAAGUGUAUCACCAUUGUGAAAGGACUAGAACUGUUUGGGAUAAAACUCAGUGACGCUUCUAAAAAGCUUGGGAAGAAGUUUGCCACUGGAGCAUCAGUUGUCAAGGGACCAACUGAAAAGGAGCAAAUUGAUGUUCAAGGAGAUAUAAUCUAUGACAUCGUUGAAUUCAUUACAGACACUUGGCCAGACGUACCUGAAAGAUCCAUUUUCUUCAUUGAAGAUGGGAAGAAGGUUCAGGCUGGUUGAUGGAUCACACCUCUGUCCUGGGUUUUUUGGCAUGGCAGGUUCAUGUAGACGAGCUAGUUUCUGAGUCUCCUCCCAUGUGUUUGGAGGGAAAUUCGCAUCCCGAUAAUAACUUUCAACAUAACGUAUAGUUGGAUUAUCAUACUAUUUUCUUUUUUUAUGGGUUGCGAUCAUUCCAGACAGGUUUCUCCAAACAUCUCUGUUUUUUUGGUGGGUCUUAAUAUUUAAAUGAGCCUUUGAUAUAAUGAAUGCUUUCUUGAUUCUUGACCCAUUUUCAGCUUUCACC